UUUUCCAGUCACAUUUCUUGCAACUAUGACGCAUUGUCGUGAUCGUUCUUUCUAUUCAUUUUGUGUUCUUUGUGAUCGUACGUGUAUUUUUUAUUAACUAUCAGAUAAUAAUUUCAUCUGAUUAUCAGCGAAUUACGUGAAAAAAAUGAAAUAUCGUGUUUUUGUUACAAAACAAGGUUGACAUAUCACGUCCUAUGUUUAAGUAACAAUUUUUCAAGGAUAAAUACACGUAAAUUAGCCGUAUUUUCGAAUGAAGAUUUUUCUAUUGCACUGAAAGAGAUGAAUACACCAACAACCAGAGAUUUCUUGCGGAGACCAGAUGGAACGCGUAGAAGAUCCGCUCGCCAAGCUUUGGCAGUGAUUCCUGUUAAUAAUUCCGUUUCACCAGCCGAGGCAGUUUCCACCGAAGUUAAUGUAAUGGAUAAUUUUUUAAAUAGUCGACAAGGCACUGAUUCUUGGAGCCCUGCACCCAGCCCUGACGAAUUGGUAAUCCAAAAACGAGGGCGUCGUCGUAGAACCAUAGUUUGGUCCCCUGAUCUUGAUACUUGUAAAAGGAAUAGCCUGUUUAGCUUAAAUUCUAAAGAUCGUACACCAGUGAAGAGUCCAACGAAAUCAACUAUGGUACUGAGAAGUACACCAAGGAAAAGGCUCACCCUUGGCGAUGCCAGUGAGUGUCAGUUUACAACGCCGGAUAAAAAGAAAAAGAUGCAGAGUUUUUUGGGUACCACUAGUUCGCAAAAGUAUUUUAAUGGAAAUUUAAUAAACGGCCUGAGAGGCCUUAGUCACAAUCAAUUGGUUCACAUGAUCAUGGAUUUGGUCUCUAUGCAAGAGGAUGGUCUGUUACAUGAAAAUGAGAAAAUACGAAAUGUUUUGUUCAAAAAAAUGCCGGUGGCUGACAUACAACCAUUAGUUGAUACACUAAAUAAUUUGAAACAAAAUAUUCAAGUUGGCAUCGCGCUAUCUAAUAUGGAUGAUUUAUCUGACAUUCACAUUCAUUUAGAUACCUUUCAGAAAGCUAUUAUUGACCAGGGAAAGAGACUUGUAGAAUCACAGCAUUGGCUAUCGGUAAUGCAUUAUGUAUGUGCAGCGUGGAAUGUUACGAAGCAAUUAUAUGAAGGAGAAAAUCGAAGUUUAUGUAAUUUGACACACAAGUGUUUUAAAAACUUGACACAUUUUUGUUCACAAGCUUUGAAAAAAGGAAAUUUUACAAGUUCCGUAUUGGAUAUGUUUACCGAGAGGUUCCAUAUGAUGGUUGAAGAUUAUGAGGACUUAAAAGUUUGUUUACAACUGAUAAAUGAAGUAAAAAACAAUGAAACCUGAACACUUUUGCUGUAUGUAUGUCAACGAGGCCAUACUAGUUUUAUAUACAUAUAUAUUUUUAAUAUAUGCACAAAUUUUAAUCCUGAUUGUGAUGUAAAGACUAUGAGUCUUGAUAAUUGUUAGAGUAGCUAUAUUUUUUUACUACUUCCUUUUAUAAUAAUAUCACAUAAUGAGAUUUAUACAGACCGGUAUCAAAAUAGUAACGUUAAGAUUAUUUAAGAUAAUCAAAUAAUAUUUUUAUAUUACGUUUGUAUUAAUUGUUUGAGACGCGCGUUACAUUUUAUAAAUUUUGUAAUUACAAUUAAUGUUACACGAACUGGAAACAUUAUUUAUAAAGGAUAUUACGUUAUCAAUGCCAAGAUAACUUAUUUCAGACGCAUUUACCGUUAUUCUCUAUUUUGUUAUUUAUGAUUUAUUUACGGUAGAUAUUUUCUUUUAAGAUAUUUAUAUGAUUUUAACAUAAUAUAAUAUAUUUCAUGUAUAUUUUGUCAAAAAUACUUGGGGACGAUAUUUUAGUACAAUUUCUUGCCUGUAUCUUUUCAUGACAAU